GUGUCGCAAGGGUAUACGAGAGCGAGAUGAGCGCCGACGCGGUGGAGAGGACGAACGGGAAGGCGGUGGUGGCAAGGACAGGAUCAGGUGGUGGGAGAUAUUUCUUUUGGCUCUGUGGCCUCCACUGGUCCCGCGGACUUAUGGCUGGUAGAAUCUGCCGGGUGGAAUUUCCACGGUCGCUCGGCGCGCUCCGAAUUGGAUCGGCGAAAUUUUCUCCCUUACCGCAGCAAUUACUCCACCCGUCGCUCGCUAGUCGAAAGUUUGUACUCGCUCACGGUCGAAAUGCAGAACCCCGGGCGCAAUGCAGACGUCCGAAUGAAGUCUGCGGCCAUGAUACGAAAAGGAAAUCUCACGAUUUAUCCGCCUCUGCGCGGACCCGGGGCGUCUUAUCGCGCUUCUCUUUCUUUAUUCUUUCCCAUUUGUUACGAAAUAAUAAUAGUCAGCGCAACGCAACGGCCUAUCGUAAACUGAUCGAGGAUCCUAAGAAGGAAUACCGAACACACGUAAUACAUCAUAUAUGGCGCAUGUAAAUGUAAUAUUCGAAACCUUUAUUCGCUGUCGGCGAGGUAUAAUCGACUACUUUUGGCAGUAAACGAUAAGUAGUAACGUCGAAGUUUUUUCUUGCGUUCACCACGGCCGCAAUAAUGUAGAGUACGUCACAUUGCGUUACAUAUUUAACAUCUCUCUCGAUCGACGUCUCGAUUCAUCUAAUAAUGCUGCGACGAUUUGACGCGCGACGGCUUGCGCGCGCCGAUCAUUCUGAAUUAUCUAUCUUACAGACGAUCUCUCGUGUGAGUGUGUCACGCGCGCGCGCUCACAGGGAGAGGAAAAAAAUAUGAGGAAAAGUGUGGAGCACGAGACGACGAGUAUUUUCGCUCGGCUUUAAAAUUGCUUGCCUACUCUUAAUCUCAAGGAGAACUAACGCGUUUUUAUCUAAUAACGUGUUAUACGCGCGCGGCGCUCGAUGCCUCGGGAUUUCCGAACGAAGUGUUUCCUUAAUCGAAACGUGUCAAUCGGAUCGACGUGGCGCCUUGGCAAAUUAAUUGUCGCCGACGCGGAAAUCUCGAUAAACGUUGUCGCGAGACAUGUUGUAUAAUGUGAUAUCAAAUAUAAAUAUAUUACACUUUGCAUGCCUGUCGAUUGGGCAAAAGUAUGUGGCUCUAUGUAUUUUCUUAUAGAAUGUUAUUAUUACUUAAAUGAAAUAAAAUGGUACUAGGCCGGUUUCAUCAACGUCUGUUAAUUGCCGUCUUUAAUCGAGUCCUGAGCCGACAGCGAACUUAACCGUUAAAACGCGGUUGUGAAAUCAAUGUGACGCUGAUGAAACCGGCUUAUAAUAAUCUGCUGUAAUUCGC